AUGAGUUCUCCAACAACCCCGCGCGCCCCGCGAAACCGGGGUGCGCUUCUCCUACUCCAGGAUGAACCGCCUCUCGCGCCCAUAGGCCACGGUGCUUUGGCGUCCCUGAUCAGACACCGUGGGCGCGAGGAGGAGGAAGGUCUCGGCAGCGAUGGCUUAGAAGACGAGUUCCCGCGUCGUGAUGAGCGCCGCUUGAGUGCCAUCCUCAACAGUGCCAACAUCCGCAGUAUGCGCCUGAUCGGCAGCAGUAACCCCCGCUACUGCUGGGAGCGCUAUUGGAAAACUGAAGCUGAGCUGGCCACCAUGCCUAAAAAUGUCCGCAAAUACCACGAGCGCGUCAACUACCUGGUUCAGCAGUAUCUGUACAUCGACCGGUUGCUGGACUCUUCUCUCCCACACGACCUGCUCAAUGAAUACAACAACAUGCCGGCAUCUGCUUUUCGCGGUGUUGAGAUCCCUGCCACCAUCAUGGAGACAUCGUCGGCCUCCGUAGGAGAGCCGGCCCGCAAGGUGCUGCGGACGCCCAAGGGCAUAUAUUGCCCCACGGAGGCAACCCCUCUAUUUUCGACCCAGGACGGUGGCUCUUACGGUAGCGCUGCUGGCGACGGUGACGAUGAUCCCGAGGCCGGCCGUCCAAAGCCCGAAAUACCCUGGCUCGAAGACGACGUGGUCGACAGCGACGCGCCCAUCGUCACUCUCGCCAUUUACGUCAAUUUCGCCGCCAAUUUCAUCUUGUUGGCUGGCAAGUUUGCCGUUGUCAUGUCGGUACCGUCCGUCUCGGUGCUGGCUAGCUUGGUCGACGCCAUGCUCGACUUCCUCUCCACUGUCAUCGUCUGGGUCACCACCUGGCUGAUCCGCAAGCAAGACCAGUACCGCUACCCCGUCGGCAGACGGAGGCUUGAACCGUUAGGUGUUCUCGUCUUCUCCGUCAUCAUGAUUACGUCCUUUGUUCAGGUUGGCCUCGAGGCCAUUACUCGGCUUGCCUCACCCGACCGUGACAUCAUCGAACUCGGGAUUCCGGCUAUCUCUAUCAUGUUCGGGACCAUUGUUAUCAAGGGUCUGUGUUGGCUGUGGUGCCGCAUGGUCAACAAUUCGAGCGUUCAGGCACUGGGAACAGAGCCGCAGACGCGAGUACAGGGCUUACAAGCCUACCACGCGGGAGACAAGCUUAACGUCGAAGUCGACAUUGUGCUGGAUGCCAGCACCCCGCUCAAGGAUAGUCACGACUUGAGUGAGAGUUUGCAAUACGUCCUCGAGUCGGUCCCCAUCGUUGACCGGGCUUUUGUGCACGUCGACUAUGCGACCUAUAACCUGCCCACUCAUAUGGAGCAGCAGACGGGCUAA